ACGGCACACACACACUAUAUAUAGACUGCCAUUGCCUACACACUGUGGGCACCACCACCACCAUCUUUUGCACUCUCUCAAGUCACAAAGCUUCCCUACGUACUCACAAGUCACAAGGGUUAGCAGUUAGCUACCUAGCUCAAGCUCGCCAGCCAGCAUCAUGGACGUGCAGGUGCAGCGGAGCUUCGUGAUACCCGCGCCGCAGUCGGAGCCGUCGGCGGAGGUGCCGCUGACGGUGUUCGACCUCGUCGCGCCCGCCUACCACGUCACCGUGCUGUUCGCCUACGCCGCGCCCAACCCCACCGACGCCGCCCUCCUGGACGCGCUCGCCGCCACGCUCCCGCGCUUCCCGCUCCUCACCGCGCGCCUCGUCGUCGCCGACGCCGACGAGCGCCGACGCCCGUUCUUCGUCACGGGGAGAGGCGGCGCGGGCGCGCUCGUUGUCGAGGCCACCGUGGCGUCCGCGCUCUCCGACCACCUCCCGCUCGCGCCCGCGCCGGAGCUCGCGCGCCUGCACGUGCCGGUCGGCGGCGACGUGGCUCCGCCGCCACCGCACAUGCUCAUGCUCCAGAUCAACCGCUUCGCGUGCGGGGGCCUCGUCAUCGCCUCGUCCUCGUACCACCAGGCCGCGGACGGCUACUCCAUGUCCACCUUCUUCCACGCGUGGGCCGACGCCGUCCGCGCCAACAACAAACACGACACUCUACUACCGGCGGCGCCGCCGGCACCGGCGCCGUACGGCCCGGGCGCCAUCACGCCGCGCCGGCCGCCGCGGUGCGAGUUCGAGCACCGCGGCACCGAGUUCCUGCGCGCCGAGGACGCCGCCGCCGGCAGGCCGGCGCCGGCCCGGGUGGACCCUUCGGAGAUCGCCAACGUGCUGCUGCACCUCCCGAGCGACUUCGUGGCGGCGCUCAAGGCCUCAGCUGCGCCGCCGCAGGGACAGGGCCGGUGGUACACGACCUUCGAGGCCGUGUCGGCGCACCUGUGGCGGAAGAUCACGCUGGCGCGCGGGCGCGCCGACGACGCGUCGCGCACGGCGCUGAACGCGGCGGUGAACGGCCGCGCGCGCCUCGGCGCCGACGCCCUGGCGCGGGGCUUCUUCGGCAACGCGGUCCUCACGGCGAGCGCCGCCACCUGCGCCCGGGACCUGGCGCGGGGCGCCCUGGCCGACGCGGCGGCGCUGAUCCGCGCGGCCGUGCGCGCGCGCGACCGCCAGUACUUCCAGUCCUUCGUCGACUUCGGGGAGCUGCACCUGCACGGCGGCGAGGAGCUGCUGGAGCCCACGGUCGGGGACGAGGACAACGUGCUGCUCCCGGACGUCGCGUCCGACAGCUGGCUGCACCUGGAGCUGCACCGCCUGGACUUUGGGUGCGGCGGACGGCUGGCCGGGAUCCUGCCGGCGAAGGUCCCGCUGGACGGGGUGGUCGUGCUCAUACCCAGCCUGCGGAAAGGAGGCGGCGUCGACGCGUUCGUGGCGCUGUGGGACAAGCAUGCCAAGGAGCUUAUGGAUAUUGCUUACACCAUGGACUAGAAAACAACUCCGUGUCACUCAUGGAGGAUGAAAACACACACGUCGCCACCAAAAUUAUUUACUGCCUAAGCAUGCGGGAAAGGAAUAAUAUAUAUAUUUCUCACAAGUCAAUAAAGUUUUAUUUAAAUAUAUACAGUA